UGAUGCCGAGGGAGCCGCCGUUUCCAUGGCAGUGUGGCCCGGUGAGCUGUGAGGGCCUGGUCCCGGAGCCUUUCCCGUUGUCGGGAUGACGGGCCUGCGCUCACCAUGACCAGAGAAAAGAAAAAGAAGAAGAGGCUGAAUCGCAGCAUCCUGCUGGCUAAGAAGAUUAUCAUUAAAGAUGGAGGGACGCGACAGGGGGUUGGUGAGCCCAGUGUCUACCAUGCUGUGGUGGUUAUAUUUUUGGAGUUUUUUGCCUGGGGAUUGCUAACAACACCCAUGUUAACGGUUCUGCACCAGACCUUUCCUCAGCACACCUUCUUAAUGAAUGGCCUGAUCCAUGGAGUCAAGGGACUUCUCUCCUUCUUGAGUGCCCCCCUCAUUGGAGCAUUGUCUGAUGUUUGGGGCAGAAAGUCUUUCCUCCUUCUCACAGUUUUCUUCACAUGUGCCCCUAUACCUCUGCUUAAGAUAAGUCCAUGGUGGUAUUUUGCUGUGAUUUCUAUGUCUGGUGUCUUUGCUGUUACCUUUUCUGUGAUUUUUGCCUAUGUGGCAGAUAUCACCAAGGAGCAUGAGCGAAGCACAGCAUAUGGUUUGGUAUCUGCCACCUUUGCUGCCAGCCUUGUAACGAGUCCUGCAAUUGGUGCCUACUUGUCUCGUGCUUACAGUGACACAUUGGUUGUGGUACUAGCUUCUGGUGUGGCACUGCUAGACAUAGGUUUUAUCCUAUUUGCUGUUCCGGAGUCACUGCCUGAAGAAAUGAGACCAGUGUCCUGGGGAGCUCCUAUAUCUUGGGAGCAAGCUGAUCCAUUUGCGUCCUUACGGAAAGUUGGCCAGGACUCCACCAUCCUCCUCAUCUGUAUAACAGUGUUUCUGUCCUACCUCCCUGAAGCUGGACAGUACUCAAGCUUUUUUCUUUACCUGCGUCAGGUGAUAGGCUUUACAUCAGAAACCGUGGCUACAUUUAUUGGAGUUGUUGGAAUUUUGUCAAUCUUGGCUCAGACUGUUGUUUUGGGAGUUCUUAUGAGGUCAAUUGGCAAUAAAAACACUAUACUACUGGGUCUUGGUUUCCAGAUAUUGCAGCUGGCUUGGUAUGGCUUUGGUUCUCAACAGUGGAUGAUGUGGGCUGCUGGUGCGGUAGCUGCAAUGUCAAGUAUUACCUUCCCUGCUAUCAGUGCAGUGGUGUCUCGCAAUGCAGAUCCAGACCAGCAAGGUGUUGUACAAGGAAUGGUAACUGGGAUUCGUGGCUUAUGUAAUGGACUUGGACCUGCUUUAUACGGUUUUGUCUUUUAUUUGUUUCACGUGGAGUUGAAUGAAAUUACUGAGGAGGAGCCCUCUGACAAGGUCUUGAGACUCAAUAUGGCAAACCCUUCUGAUGAGAGAAGUAUAAUCCCAGGUCCACCUUUUCUGUUUGGGGCUUGCUCUGUAUUGUUGUCCUUGCUUGUGGCACUCUUCAUCCCUGAGCACACCAGCCUUACACUGCGCUCUGGUGCUCAUAAAAAGCACAGCAAUGGUGCUCAGAGCCAUGCACUUCUACCUCCUGCCCACCUCCCUGAGGGCAAGGAACCACUUCUUGAUGAUAGAGUAUGACCCAGUAACAUUUUUUGGUGUCAAAUCAAGAAGACUGUCAAUAUCCUGGAUUGCUCCAAGAUUAUGGCGGAAACUGUAACUACAACAGCAGAGGAAGCAAGGACCAAAUGACAGUGGAAACUCUGACAAUGUCCUUUUAUUAGAGUAAGGAAAUGAUGUUACAAAUGUGCCACUACAUCUUGAUGACCGGGAUGGAUGGUGGAUCUGGCUGUAAAGCAGAAGCGCAUGGCCAGGAAAAGUAUAAUGGAAUAGUUUAUCAGUUAUGCGUUGAUCUGCAGAAAGUUGGCAGUGUCAUGUAAAAUGUUUCAACAGGCAUUGGCUGAAUGAGAAGCUAUGAAAUCUCAGUCUCUUGCCAAAUCCAAGAAGAGUAGGACUACCAGAAGAGUAGGACUACCAGACGUUCUGCCUUUAGGCCUAAUCACAGAAGAAGAACCUAAACAAUGUUGGCAAAAGUUAUAAAUUUUUUAUGUUUUUUAAUUUUCACUAUAGGUGACUGAAAAAGGGUACACAAUUUCCAUUUUUUGUAUAUUCUGUUGUCUUCAAUGUUUUUAGUUUUUGUUCAAACCCUGCUUUCCAAUUUGUUUUCCUGUGCCACAGUUCAGCCCCCGUGGGGACUGGGUUGGAUGAAGAGAUCUGACAGACCAGCCUCUUCCUAUAUGCAGAAUAUUAAAUAUUUUUUUUCUU